AUGACUGCAGAGACGCAGGAGCAGUUGUUGGCCGCCCAGCUCGAAGCUCAGAAGCUUCAAGAUCCUGAACAACCCGUAGUUGAGGAUGACGAAGAUGAUGACGAGGAUGAUGAAGAUGACGAUGACAAGGAUGAAGAUGACUUGGAAGGGCUUGGAGAUGGAAGUGGCAGAUCAAAGCAAACUAGAAGUGAAAAGAAGAGUCGUAAAGCAAUGUUGAAGCUAGGAAUGAAGCCCAUGACCGGUGUCAGUCGAGUUACUGUCAAAAAGAGCAAGAAUAUUUUGUUUGUCAUCUCGAAACCCGAUGUCUUCAAGAGCCCAACAUCAGACACCUACAUAGUCUUUGGAGAGGCUAAGAUUGAGGACAUAAGUUCACAACUCCAGACUCAAGCGGCAGAGCAGUUCAAGGCUCCCGAUCUGAGUCACGUGAUUCAGAAACCUGAGACUUCCGCCAUGGCUCAGGAUGAUGAAGAGGUGGAUGAAACUGGAGUCGAGCCGAAGGACAUUGAGUUGGUGAUGACACAGGCAGGAGUAUCUAGGCCACAAGCUGUGAAGUCUCUCAAGGCUGCAGAUGGUGACAUAGUUUCUGCUAUCAUGGAGCUUACCACCUGA